AUGGCAAACUUCAGGCGCUUUAGGCCCGACGACGUGAACAAGUUCUCAAAAUGCAACCUCGACCCCUUCACCGAGACAUAUGAGCUCAGCUUCUAUCUGCAGUACUACGCAAAAUGGCCUUCACUGUUCCAGGUUGCAGAGGACCAGGACGGCAACAUCAUUGGCUACCUAAUGGGCAAGCUCGAGUCCUCCCCAGCGUACUACAAGGGCUCCGAGCACUACCUCCCCUGGCACGCCCACAUCACCGCCCUCACUGUAGCCCCCGAGGCCCGCCGCCUGGGCAUCGGCAAGCUCCUGUGCGAGCAGCUCGCCGCGGUGGCAGACGCCAGCGACGCCUGGUUCGUCGACCUCUUUGUGCGCGCGUCCAACCGCAAGGCCAUCACUUUCUACGAGAACCUGGGGUACAGCGUCUACCGUGUUGUCAAGGACUACUAUGGCGACAACCCGGAGGAUCCCACGCGGGACGGGGAGGAUGCGUAUGAUAUGCGGCUGGCGCUCAAGAGGGAUGUCAAGAGGCAGCAUGUGAGGGAGGAUGGCAUGGCGCAUGAGGUCAAUCCAGAGGACGUGUGGUGA